CGGGGACCCUGCGCAGCGAACGGAAAGCCGGCCGGCGCACACGGCACCCAUCUGAUCGCAGUGAGAGUAGAGCUCCAGACAGGUCCGGAACACGGAAGUGGAAAUCCCCCCGGUUUUAUUCGAGCACCGUAACGGACACCUCCGACCGUGACCCCGAUUGUCCCCCGGCCCCCCCUUCCCCCUCCUCCCGUCUUCUCCGAUCUUCUCCGACAGAAACCGACAACACAACGCUGUCAAAAUGCCCAACAAGCCCAUCCGUCUGCCGCCGCUGAAGCAGCUGCGCGUUCGCCAGGCCAACAAGGCCGAGGAGAACCCUUGCAUCGCCGUCAUGUCCUCGGUUCUCGCUUGCUGGGCUUCCGCCGGUUACAACUCGGCCGGUUGCGCCACGGUCGAGAACGCCCUGCGCGCGUGCAUGGACGCGCCCAAGCCUGCGCCCAAGCCCAACAACACCAUCAACUACCACUUGUCUCGCUUCCAGGAGAGACUCACUCAGGGCAAGUCCAAGAAAUAAGCGACGACGGGCGUGUACGACUCUGUGCUGUGUCCCGACGACGACAACGAUGACGACAACGACGACGAGGACGAGGACAAGGACGAUAGGAAAGACGAGAGAAGAAAAAAAGACAAACGACACACUCAACCUUAUACAUAAUUUGGGGAUCCAUUCAAGACCGAUCAUAAUUCCCACGCCCCUUCCCCUCCCCCUCCCUCCUCUCAAAGAACUACUACAACCAUGUUGAUAUCCCUGCGACGCCAACGCCAUUGGAUGGAGGAGGCGGGAGGAGUUGGGAGGAUGUUAGAAGAAGAGUUGUCGUGGGAAAAGUUACUGCGUGGGAAACAAUUGAAAGAGGAUUAAGUGGUUUCGAAACAAAAAUUACGAGGCAAGACCAGUUCGCGCCCUGGUGUGAUACCCCCCCAAAAUGGAAGGAAAGCAAGAGAUAGAGAUGGGAGAGGAGGAGGAGAGCGGAAGCAUAUGCACACCAAGACAUGAGCUGGCAUGGCCUACGUACGAUGUGCUGCUGGCGUCUUUCACAAGUCAGUUCGGAUAUCUGGAUGGCCAGCCGUUGAGGGUUGCUUGCUUGCUGCUGUACAAUAUUGUGGCAAUAUUCAAAGGAAAAAAAGCAUUUGGGAGAACUAAGUGAGGCUUAUGCUUAUCCGGGCGUUUUAGUAUAUAUUUGAAUUUUUUCUUUUUUUUUUCCUUAGAGGCAUUGUAACAAUACAACUUACAUACAUCAUAUACUAUAAGUUCAUAAAUUGCCGC